AUGCAGCUAGUGGCGCUUAUUCUUGGGCAUAUCUGGCACUCCGGGAACUCACAGAUGAGGACAAGAAUAGAGUUGCUCCUGAGACAGAACAAGCUGACAGAGGAUGAUGUCUUUUUUUUUUUUUGUGGGAAGACAGAGGAUGAUGUCAAGGAGAUACUUCAGGAGUACCACGACAACAUCGGGGACCUGGAUGGGCCGGAAGAGAAGGAGAGGGCGCAAGGGCGGACCAAGGAAAUCAUAGCCGCAUUGUCGUGA